GCGAAUUUUGACAAUACAUUUGUCUUCGACAUGGCCGGAGUUAUCUCCCAAGCCCUACUCCGCCAUUCCAAAUUAUGCAGUUCUCAGUCGAUCAAAUCAGCACCUUUAAUAACUGUCCUAUCUUUCCAUCGCCACCGCUCAUCUACUCCCCAAUUCAUUGAAAUCGAACUCGACGAUUUAUCACUCUCCUCUUCUUCUUCUUCUUCUUCUUCUUCUUCUUCGUCAGACAAUAAUAGAGACUACGAGGUUUUGGCGGUGAAGAAGCUGGAGGACGUCGUCCGCAGGCUCCUCGUGCAGAAGUCCACACCCGAUUGGCUCCCCUUCAUCCCUGGCUCUUCCUUCUGGGUUCCGCCCCUUCUGCCGACGGGCUCAACCAAGAUCGUUGAUUUGUUUGACAUUUUGGCCAAUCCCUUGACCAAAGAGCAGUCCCUUUCUCUCACCACCUCUAUCGGCUGGCCUUCCUCAUCGUUCUUCAUCAAAGAUAAUUCAUCCACCCAGCAGGUGGAGGUGGAUAGUGCGGAAGUGCUGGCAGAUUCAGAAAGCACAACUGAAACUCAAGAUGAGGAUGACAACUAAAUCGUAUAUCUUGGUUUCAGUGCCUCGUCUCUAUUAAGUGGUCGAGGAAAAGCAGGCAGAACAAAAGUAUCUGAAUCAGGUGUUGCACAGAUGCAAUACUGGUAGUUUUGACUGCAGGAUCGGUUGCAGGAUGCAGCUUAAGCAGUUGUUAAAUAAGUUAAAGACUACCAUUCUAUUCUGCUUGGAAGUUGAUCCUGAUGUUAUUCGGAUCAUGUAAAUUUUCUUUGAACAAUUACAAGUUGGAUUUUUCCCUGAUGA